AUUUAGAUUUAGUUGAACCAAAUUCAAGAAAUGACUUGUGCAGAUAAACAGGCGAUUGUGUGUGUGUGUGUGUGUGUCUCAGAGAGGGGGAGAGAGAAACAGAGAGGGAGAGAGAAAAAUGGUCAAGUCCUGCAAUCACAGCCAGAGUCAGGCAGUGGCAGGAUGUUUCAGCCCAGAUAUGACCCAGUGCUCCCGACUCACCCAGUCAAUCUCUCUCAUCCUGCUAUUCCAUAAUGUCACACCAAACGUUUGAAAGCUCAGGAGUUUAGGAUUUAACGUAGCAUCACACACCUGCUUUACAUCUCAGUGGACCAAUAGGAUUCGGGGAACGUGAACUGAGAGGAGUCGCGUUUAGUGACAGCAGUGCAUUUUCUGUCCUCUUGAAAGGGGUUGCCCCCUCGGCGUGGGAUGCACAGGAUCUAGCAUGGAUUUUGGAGUUUUAUGUGACUUUUGAGCAGAAGAGGGGAAUAAAAGGAAAAGGAGGAGAAGAAACCUUGGAUAAGUGCUACGACCACCAAGGAAGAAAAGGUGGGGGGGUAGAGACAGGUGGGGAGGGGGAUGGGAAACAUCAACAAGGCUUCUAACAAGGACAAUAACAGGAAAAAGGGGGCUUCACCUGUACAGCAAAGUGACACACCAUUAGCCGCGGCCAUGCUAGGUUCCCUGGGUGGUGCAGGGGAGGUGGACACAGAGGAGGAGGAGGAUGAGGAGGAAGGAGGGAGCAGGCGUGAAUUUGAUGACCCCCUGUGCACUCUGGUUAAGAACUGCAACAUGCUGCACAACAUAGUGGGGCCAGCUUGUAUCUUCCUCAGACAGGGCUUCGCUCAAAGCCAGCUUGACAGAGACCUACGACCAGAGGAAAUGGAAGAACUACGUGAGGCCUUCAGGGAGUUUGACAAAGACAAAGAUGGAUUCAUCAGCUAUAAGGAUCUAGGAGAGUGCAUGAGGACUAUGGGAUAUAUGCCGACCGAAAUGGAACUUAUUGAGCUCAGCCAGCAGAUCUGUGGUGGCAGAGUGGACUUUGAGGACUUUGUGGAACUGAUGGGCCCCAAAAUGCUUGCUGAGACCGCAGACAUGAUUGGAGUAAAAGAGUUAAGGGAUGCCUUCAGAGAGUUUGACUCUGACGGCGACGGUCAGAUCAGCCUUGGGGAACUAAGGGAAGCUAUGAAGAAACUAAUGGGUGAACAGCUCAACCACCGUGAGAUUGAUGAGAUCCUGCGAGAUGUAGACCUCAAUGGAGACGGAGAGGUGGACUUUGAAGAAUUUGUGCGGAUGAUGUCUCGCUAAAUCUCCUGCAAGCCUUCAUCUACUGCACUGAAACCAACAUGGACCAGACGGUGUAUUGUUAAGUCUUUUCAUAUGUACAAAAAAUUAUUGGUCUCUGUAAUUUCUCACUUACCUCUCAGGUAGACCCAUUAGUUUAUUUCUCCGUUGUAAAAAUGUAUAAUGUGUAACAGAUUAUAGAUUAAUGACUCCAAUGCUUGUCAAAAGAAAUAAAAUGUGAAGAUUUGUAAAUGUAUAGGGUAAUUUCUUUCAAACAUUUGACAAUGUGACACUGGCUGGAAUUGAAAGUUCAUUUAGACAUAGUGUAUUUUUUUUGUUUAUUUUUUGCAAUUUGCCUGAUGCCGCUGUGUACAUUUUCAGAUAAAUGUUUAAUUUUACUCUAAAUUUAAAUGUAGCAUUGAAAUAAACGGGAAAAUUUACCAUCUACAUAUUAAGAACCAUAAUCCA